AUGGCGCAGCAUAAAAAUCAACUGGACAGAGAAAGAUUCUGCUGUUCGAUCUGUCUGGAACUAUUGAAGGAUCCGGUGACUACUGUCUGUGGACACAGCUACUGUCUGAGCUGUAUUAACACCCACUGGGACAAAGAUGAGGAGAGAGGAAGCUACAGCUGCCCUCAGUGUAGACAGACCUUCACGCCGAGGCCUGUCCUGGAGAAAAACACCGUGUUAGCUGAUUUAGUGGAGGAGCUGAAGAAGACUGGACUCCAAGCUGCUCCUGCUGAUCACUGCUAUGCUGGACCUGAAGAUAUGGCCUGUGAUUUCUGCACUGGGAGAAAACUGAAAGCUCUUAAGUCCUGUUUGGUUUGUUUGGUCUCUUAUUGUGAAAAACACCUCCAGCCUCAUCUUCAGUCAGCUCCAUUUAAGAAGCACAAGCUGGUGGAGCCCUCGGAGAAGUUCCAGAAGAACAUCUGCUCUCGUCACGACGAGGUGAUGAAGAUGUUCUGCCGCACUGAUCAGCAGUGUAUCUCAUAUCUCUGCUCUAUGGAUAAAGACCACGACACACAGCAAACUGAAGUGAGUCGAAUUGUGUCUCAAGUGGAUGUUUUACUGCCACAACCAGAGCCAGAGACAAGAACUGACUUCUUAAAAUAUCCACAGGAAAACACACUGGAUCCAAAAACAGCACACAAACAUAUGUUAUUAUCUGAGGGAAACAGAAAAGUAACACGUAUGAGAGAAGAACAGUCUUAUUCUGAUCACCCAGACAGAUUCACUUACUGGCUUCAGGUCCUGAGUAGAGAGAGUCUGACUGGACGUUGUUACUGGGAGAUGGAGAUGAGAGCAGGAGGUGUAGCAGUCAUAUACAAGAAUAUCAGCAGAGCAGGAAACUCACUUGGAUGUGUAUUUGGAUACAAUGAUAAAUCUUGGAUGGUUUAUUGUGAUGGAAACAGUUAUAACUUUUAUUACAACAACAUCAACAUUCCAGUGUCAGGUCCUGUGUCCUCCAGAGUAGGAGUGUACCUGGAUCACAGUGCAGGUGUUCUGUCCUUCUACAGAGUCUCUGACACCAUGACUCUCCUCCACAGAGUCCAGACCACAUUCACUCAGCCUCUCUAUGCUGGAGUUAGGGUUUGUAAGAAUGGAGACACAGCUGAGCUCUGUAAACUCAAAUAGCAUCACAUCUCUCACCAAUACAUGGCGUGGAGAAAUGGAUAUCACUCAGCAAGAACU